GCGUGCCAGAGGAGGGAGAACUCGGCUCUGAAUCCAGCCACGAAUCACAUAGAAUAUGCGCGAAACGCUUCACUGCUGUUCUCUGUAACUCCACAGGGCAGGUUCUGUGUGAUUUCACACGGACUGGUUUGGGAACGUCGGAGUGACAUUGUAGAAGACGCAUUUCUGAAGACCAAGAACCGAGCCUCCGUCUCUAGCUCAUCUACAGUCAGCAUCCGUACAUUCUGGACCUGUUACCACUGGACUGGUACUCUGUGUGGAUACUUCUCCAGACCGCAGAGGAUUUGCGCAAUUUCCAAAGGACCAAAUUAUGACUCAUUUUACUUUGCUUGCAUGAGUUUUCCAUCAAUUUGCGUUGCUUUGCUUUUUAAAUUCAAACACAUACUAUCCUGUAUAGUUAAAUAUUAACUUGGACAAGCACCCGUUCAAUAAUGACUUUUUAAUGCCCCUCAUUGCAAAUUAAAUAUUUGAAUGCGUUUUAUGAGAUGCGUAAAAUGGAAAAGACUGCGCGUAAAUUCACGUCGGAUUAACUCCCUCUUCGCAUCCCGCCCGCAUUCCCGUGCAAAUCUAUGGAAGUAGCCGAGUUUGCUUUGAACGUGCUCUAGGCUGGGUGCCGCGAGUGUUUUCUGCGGGACGUAGUGAGGAUGCAGUCGGGGAUGCGGGCGCUCUGUGCCGGCGGAGGCGCGUCUCUCUGCUGCCUGCUCAUGCUGUGGAUGAUCUACACCCACAUCCUGAAAGAAGGUCAGUUGGCUGUAGGCACAUGUGAGAUAGUGAUGUUGAAUAGAGACAGCAGUCAACCCAAGCGCACUAUCGCCAGGCAGACAGCCCGCUGUGCCUGCCGGAGAGGACAGAUCGCUGGCACCACACGGGCCCGACCAGCAUGCGUGGACGCCCGGAUAGUGAAAAGCAAGCAGUGGUGUGAGAUGUCCCCAUGUUCAGAGGGUGAGAUCUGUGGACUACUCUUCAAUCGCUCCGGAUGGACCUGCACCAAAGACGGCGGACGCAUUAAAACCGUCACGCCUCUGCCCAAGGAGCCGUCCUAAAGGAGUUCAGAUUGCCGUGAGGAGGUUUGCUGACAUUCACAGGAGCGACGCCAAACAGGAAUCAUCCAUCAGCCCCCACACAUUUGUGUCCAUCCUCUCAUUUUGGAGCUAAAGAUAUCAGCUGCCCCUCUCCCCGUCACCCUCCAACAGGAAAUGGAAUCUGUGCACCAUGGUUGCAGUCAGUCAAGCGUCUCUACAGUUACAUGCAGGUCAUCGAGUCUCACAGCUGGAGACCAGCAACAUUUUCAAUCAAACCUUGACAUAAUUGAACUGUUUAAGUUUUGAUUUCAAAAUGCAUUAGCUAGGAGAACAUUUCACUUGCUUUCCAUUCAGUUAAACCGUCAGAGGAGACUGUUCGUGUACCUUUCAGACUAAGAUUACGUAAAUUCCUCGCGAAGAGCGGCAAGGCUGUUGCAUAAGACCCAUCUCGAAGGACCCCAAAUGCGUCUUCAGAGCAAGGACAUGUCAUCGAUGAAAGGCCAAGGAUUUGCAGACACCUAUCUCUGUAGAGCUCGGGAUCUCUGUAAAAAGACAUAUUUUCCCAUGGAAUUGAGAAGCAGCAGAUGACUGAUGUAUCCUGUAGAUUUGACCUUACGCGGUUUGACCAUAUGGAUUGUGUGCUGUUGAGCUCUUUCUGAGAAUGGCAAUGCACUGAUGCCGUCAACUCUAAUCAUGGCUGAUUUAAAGAUUAGAAAACAAUGUGUGGAUGUCAUCUGUCCCUUCCUCUCUGGGGGCGUCUCUUUCACUCUCUGCUUUUAAUGUCUGUCUCUAAUGGAUAUAUCAUUUCUAUCGAUACUUUAUUUUGACUGUAAAUUGACAUCUGCGAUGGAGUGUUGACCUAGAUAGGAAAUAAAGGGUAUGUUCAUGUUAAUGUGCACAAGGUUUUGGGGACUCUCUCUAUAUUGGGGGUCAUGCUGAUUUGCUGCAUAAAGUACCCCUCUUAUGGAUUUUUGAAGAAUACCUUUCAUGCAGUCUGUAAUACAGCUCUAAGUGAAUGAAAACAUCAUGCAAAGUUUUAAAUCUGAAAGUGCACUGUGUAUAAAGUUAU